CUCCAGUAUGGCCGUAGACUCGCCGCCUGCAAUGCUUGAGUUGUCUGGAUCUAGGACGAAGCGCUGCAGAGUCGAAGUUGGGGUCGUACAAGCGAGCGAGGUUCGAGAACAUAUCCGGGUUUGAGAUACUAACCGGCAAUCAGUUGCGGGAUGCGUGGACUUGGCGGCAGUGGUGGUGGUCAUCAGAAUGCGGAGAACAGCAACCAGUAUGGUGCCUCAGACUAUCCAUCUCCUAUCCUGAGUGGUUGAAUCAUUUGACGGCAGCUCCUGCCAUACUACGAAAUCCGCUGCUGCUACGCAAUGGUUGCACGCACGACACCCCUGCUAGAGCAGAAAGCCAUACAUUCGGUUGGCAGGAGAUAGCAUGGUCGCUAGCUUUCUCACUCGAUUCUCAACACUAUCAGAUUAAUCUGGGGCUUCACCCGGGUAUUUGUCCAGCUGAGGACUUGAUCUGAGGAGAGGAGAUGCACGCUAUUUCUGAGCCCAAAGGGACCUAGCCAGUACGUAUCCCUGCAAGCGGGGUCAAUCUCACCAACCUGCUUCUGCCGGGCCACAGGUGCAACCCAAGAUGUGAUCGAAGCUCCGAGAAUCUGUGUUUCCCCCAAGAAAGAUUGCCGACAUGAGCCCAAACGCUGAAAGCGUGGGUUCGAUGUCGAGCGCGGCGGACCUCAUCGAUGCUAUCCAUGGUAAUGAUAAGCGACCAACGCUCUCCUCCAAUACCAUCUGCAUGAAGGCAGAAGCAUUCGAGACGACUCGCUGAGUUGUUAGCUCCAUGUCCCGCGUGGCCGGCGUUACAGUGCGAUAAGCAUGUCUCGGAAGGUUGACCUACUCAUUGUGGGCGCAGGCCUGCAUGGUCUAGCUAUGGCGAAGACAUACCUCGAAGUCCGUCCUCAAGCUAAAAUCAUUGUCAUCGACAAAGCACAGACCAUCGGCGGCUCUUGGUCUGAGGAGAGACUGUAUCCGAGGCUCAAAACGAACAAUAUUCUUGGUUCUUACGAAUUCAGCGACUUUCCCAUGACUGCUGAGCGAUACGGAGCAACCCCUGGUGCUCAUAUUCCAGGACGUGUAGUCCACAACUAUCUGUGCGAUGUCGCCGCUCAUUAUGGUAUCGACGCUAUGUUUCAACCAGGCACGAACGUCGAGACGGCCACACACGGAGAGGAUGGCCAGUGGCAGAUCAAAUUACACAAAGAGGGCCAGGACGGGCAGACAACGAGCGUCAUCAUAGCCGACAAGAUCGUUAUUGCGACUGGACUGACCUCCGAACCACAAGUUCCUACGUUCCAGGGGCAAGACGAUUUCGGAGGCUUGCUCAUCCAUGCGAAGCAGCUGAAAGAGCGAGCCCCAGAACUAGCAGUUUGCAAGAAUGUUGUCGUGCUUGGUGGCAACAAAUCCGCUUUUGACGUCUGCUAUGAUGCAGCAAGAUCUGGCUCACGCGUCCAUAUGGUGAUCAGACCCUCUGGAGGUGGACCUAGCUAUGUGUGGCCUAAAUCAUUCACAUAUGGUCCGCUGUCCCUAUCCUUAGCUCGGAUGUCUGCGACAAGGUUCUUCAUGGCUUUUGACCCAACCCCUUUCGCCACGAAGGGCCCAUUCUCCUGGUGGUCACGUUUCCUCCACCAAACCUCCAUUGGCAAUAAGAUUUGCGACUAUUUCUGGACUCGACUGGAUCGACAUGUCAAGUGGCUGAAUGGCUAUGACACACACCCAGAGCUACAAAAGCUCAAACCCUGGACAACGCCGUUCUGGAUGGGCAAUUCGCUGAGCAUCCAUAACUACGAAACGAAUUGGUUUGACCUUGUUCGGGAUGGAAAGAUCGCCAUUCACAUUGCAGAAAUUGCCUCACUAUCCAAGGGCUGCGUCGGUCUUUCGAGUGGAGAGGACCUGGACGCUGAUGCCCUGGUCUGCUGCACAGGAUGGAAACCGAGGUCUACCAUAAUGUUCGAAUCGGCAGUUGUCGAAGAUCCACUCCUGAAGUAUCAAGAGACUGUACCGAACACUCAAAAGGCAGAGGCAGACAUAUCAAGCCGGUUAGGGUAUCUCCAAAACCUUCCACGAAGGACACCGAAUGCGCCCUCUGUGCAAAAACGGCCUGCCACUCCUCCUGUGUCGCUAUCGGACCAUCUUUACCGCUUCAUGGUGCCCUCUGAACGCCGUGUCCUAGAGAGCAGGAGUCUUGCAUUCAUCGGAGCCCACUCUUCAAUUCAUGCCGUGGUAGUUGCUCAGGCUCAAGCUUUAUGGAUCACGGCCUUCUUUCUCGGCAGGCUAGAUCAUCUUACUGCCUCGAGACUUGACCUCGAAGCAGUCACAUAUGAAACGAUUCUGCAUGGCGUAUAUGGCACUAUGAGACGACCUAGAGAGUGUGGCGGGGCUGCUGAAAAGUAUCCAGAUCUUGUCUUCGACAGCAUCCCGUAUGUGGAUUGCUUGCUGAAAGAUCUGGGUCUCAGUGUGCAAAGGAAGCGGAGCCUCUGGGAUGACGUCUUCCAACCGCAUCGUCCAGGCGACUACCAAGGUUUGGUUAUGGAAUGGAAGAGCAAACACGAGAUGAAGGAGUCAGAGGACAGGAAGGACUUGGGUAAUGGAGCUGAUAAUGUUGCCUCUGAAGCGCGCAAGGAUAGCCUGAGGUAGCCAGUCUUGCAAGGGUUGCAACGCAGCUCCGACAGUCGCCUGCAUGUACCUCAUGACUUCAGAUAAAUAUUGCAGCUGAUGAGGUGAAAGCACUAUAUUUC